AUGGCGUGCCGAAUCGGCGGCAUUGGAGGCUUUCUGGUCUUCGCCAGCUUCCUGGGUGCUGGAGCGUCCGGCACUUCCUUCGCUUCGCGUGGGCGCAAAGUCUUUGCAAAGUACUGCGGCCAUGAUGUUCGAUGGGUGCAGCCGCCUGUCGAAGGCAUGGAGCUACUCCAGCUGCAGGUCAUACACAGACACGGAGCUCGUUCCCUCUGGGCACCUCUGCGCUGCUGGGCGAAGGGCAGAAAUGCCCCAAUAGAACGUCCUCCCCUCCGGUGCAACCUUCCCGUGUCCAUCAGUGCGGGAGGUGCAAGGCCGCUCACGAAGCGCUUCGAUGAGCCCGGUGGCUGUGGUCUCGGUUCGCUUCUGGACGAGGCCCCAGAACAGUUCAAAAAUUUGGCUUGGUCGCUCAAUGCCAGCUACCAGCACACAGCUUUGUGGAAGCAGUUGCAUCCGACGAAUUACAGUGUGUAUUUGUAUGCUUGCGACAAUGAGCGCAACUUGGCGAGUGCAGACCUGCUGGCGACGCAGCUGUUUGCUGGGUCUCGAGCAGAUGUUCCAGUUCCUGUACAUACUAACCCUGGCGAAGACGAUCCUUUCCAACUUUCUGGCUACGUCGACAAAUCGCCCUGCGACGGUUCUCCUGUUCAAGCGAUCCAGGAGAUCCAAGCCGACAAAGACUACCAGGCUUUUGCCUCGGCUUGGCUCCAGCAUGCAAAUGUGUCAUGGCACCACAUGAACUACGACUGCAUCCUCACGACACGUUGCGCAGGUCUGACCCUGCCAGCCGCCAUCGAUGACGAGCUGGCGGAUGAGGCAUUGUACUGGGGCUGGCGGCAGCAAAUGGCUGCAGUCCGCACCACGAACUGGACCUCCCUGGUGGCAUCAAGGGCGCUGGAUGCCCUACGGGAUCAGCUCACGAUGGCAUCUCAUGGGCGGAAGCUAGUUAUGUGGUCCACGCAUGACAGCACUAUGAUGUACCUGCUCAACGCGCUCGAGGGUUUUGACGAUCGAUGGCCAGGCUACGCUUCGUCAGUGCUCUUGGAGCUUUACGCUGGACCGGGUGGGGAGAGGAUGUUGCGCACUGUUCGUGAUGGGGAGCCCAUCACGCUGGGAGUCUGUGGGGAGGUUCUCUGUCCCCUGUCCCGCUUCGUGGCUGCCGUCGACGCUUGGCAAGAUUGGGGCUGUGCUCCAGCAGAACAGCUUUGGGAGCAUCGGGUGGACGAGGGCCCUUGCUGGGCUUGGGCCCUGCUUGGCAUGAUACCGGCCUCGCUGCUGUGGCUCCGAUGCCGGAGAAGUUCUCCAUUGAGGGAGCCGCUGAUCGUUUGA